UCUCUGAUGAAGGGUCUAGGCCCGAAACGUCAGCUUUUGUGCUCCUGAGAUGCUGCUUGGCCUGCUUUGUUAUCUUGGAUUCUCCAGCAUCUGCAGUUCCCAUUAUCUCGAGUAAACUACGUGAUGGUCUCGCGCCAGCGUAUUAUCGCUAUGACCAAGGACCUGUGUGGAAAGUUCUGGGCGCGGUAAAAAAAGGAAAUAGCAGGAAGCGGGAGGGAAAUGGUGUUACUAUGAGCGGAGAAGUUUUGCAAAAGCUUGGUGCACGUCGAAAAAUACAAAUUUGAAAUUCCCAGGCCCACGUUCGCAGCAAGUGGGAAAACGCCUCGGGUGGCGAAUGGUCCGAAUGAUGGCCGCCAUCUUUAUUGGGGGCAAUAUACCGCGUCACACGUGCGCGGUCGCAAGUUUUAGCAGCACGCAUGCGCAGCCUUCCCUGGAGGUCUGUUCGUGGAGUAUUGAUGCAGAGCAAGUUCAAACCAAGAUAAAUCAUUGUUUAGCUUGGGAAAUAAAUCCAGAAGAUGUGAUCGUAACAGCUAACAGAUACCAAUGAUCAUUGCCAAAGCCCUAUUGCUUGUGGAGAAGGUGAUGUUUGACCUUGUACUGCUACAGUUUGUGGUGAUGGUGCUUCCACAAUGUGGCUAGUGCCUUGGUUGAUGCCAGUUUCAUUUUGAGACUUUGCAGUGACUAAUACAACUGGAUGGCUUGCUGGGCCACUGUGAGGUUGGCAGAUUUCUUCCCCUGAAGGACAAUAGGUUGUUUUGCAAUGAGAGAUUUCAGAUGAAACCGCAUCCAGAUCUGACAGUCACUCUGUUUGUAAUAACCUAAAUUAUCUCAGGAUCUUGAAGAUUGAAAGGAAAAGCACCGUUCACACUGGGGAGAAACGUGUAUUGCCUGUGUGUGGAAUCAUCUGUGGAGAUUCAUCCGAAAUGUCUAAAUGCCAGCGCAGUCACACUAGGGAGAAACUGUGGAAAUGUGGUGAUUGUGGAAAGGGAUUUCUUUCCCCAUCCCAGCUGGAAAUGCACCAACGCAGUCACACUGGGGAGAGACCAUUCACCUGCUCUUAUUGUGGGAUGGGAUUCACUCGGUCAUCCCAUCUGCAGAGACACCAGCGAGUUCACACUGGGGAGAGACCAUUCACCUGCUCUCAGUGUGGGAUGGGAUUCACUCGGUCGUCCAACCUACAAAGACACCAGCGAGUUCACACUGGGGAGAAACCAUUCACCUGUUCCCAGUGUGGGAAAGGAUUCAGUCAGUCAUCCAACCUGCUGAAACACCAGCGAGUUCACACGGGGGAGAGACCAUUCACCUGCUCCCUGUGUGGGAUGAGAUUCACUCAGUCUUCCAACCUGCAGAUACACCAGCGAGUCCACACUGGGGAGAGACCAUUCACUUGCUCCCUGUGUGGGAUGGGAUUCACUCAGUCAUCUAGCCUGCAGAUACACCAACGCAGUCACACUGGGGAGAGACCAUUCACUUGUUCUGAAUGUGGGAAAGGAUUUGCUCAGUCAUCCAAACUUCAGAUACACCAGCGAGUUCACACUGGGGAGAGACCAUUCACCUGUUCUGAAUGUGGGUCAGGAUUCGCGCAAUCAUACAAUCUGCAGAUACACCAACGAGUUCACACUGGGGAGAGACCAUUCACCUGUUCUGAAUGUGGGAAAGGGUUCGCUCAGUCAUCCAACCUGCUGAUACACCAGCAAGUCCACACUGGGGAAAGACCAUUCACUUGCUCCCAGUGUGGGAUGGGAUUCACUCAGUCAUCCCACCUGAGGAUACACCAACGAGUUCACACUGGGGAGAGACCAUUCACCUGCUCUGAAUGUGGAAAAGGAUUCAUUCGCUCAUCUAAACUGUUGGAACAUCAGCGAAUUCACACUGGGGAGAAACCAUUCACCUGCUCUAAUUGUGGCAAAGGAUUUGCUCAUUCAUCUCACCUGCGGAGACACCAGCAAGUUCACACUCGGAAGAAGCAUCCUGUCAGUCAACUCACUUCCUGAUACAUCAGCGUGUUUGCUCCGGGGAGAGACCAUUCAUUUGUUCUGUACUGUAUGUGGGAAGGGAUUCAGUCUGUUGUCCAACCUGUUAACACACCAGUGAAAUGACACUGGGUAGAUCCUGUUCACCUGAUCUGUGUAAAAGGAUUUGCUGUUUCCUAACACACCAGCAAAUUUACGAAUAACCGCAGGUGAAGAGUUUUGCUUUUACUGAACACCAAGGAAUGAAGCUUCGUCAUGAGGCCAUUUGUACUGAUGUUAUUAAAACGUGCUCGAUUAAAAUGUUGAUAAAUUAUGUUUGUAUAUACAUUUUUUUUAAAAAGUGUUGCUGUACAUCGACAAAUUUAUAUUGGGAAAUGAUUGUUCACCUGUAUAUUGUUUGUGAAGUGAUUUUGUGGUUCAUCAGGACUAUUCAAACAGCAGUGAGUUGCCCGGUAACUGCCAGUGUUGGAUUUUGCUGAUGUUGUCUAUAUCCAAACCAUAUUUUCUGGACCUGUUUCUGAUGAUGUUUGUAAACGUCCAGGUUCAGUGACCUAUUUGGGAUAAUAAUACAAAUCAGAUUUUUGUUAAAACUAA